GCCCGAUUUUUAUUUUGCUUAAAUUGAAAUUACAAGGCGCGAUUUUUCGGCAUGUUGCCUACGAUUUCUUGGCUCUUGCACCUCCAUUCUUGCGCUUCAGUUGUUUAUUCGUACGUGAAGAAAAAAUAUGGCGGUACAAAUUCGUUUCUUCUGAUUUUUUCAAUUCCUCUUUUGAUUAUUGAUCUAAGUUUCUCAAUUCCUCUUUUGAUAUCAAUUUAGGGUUUAAAUUCCUCUUUUUGUUAGGGGUGUUUGCUUAUUCAAGAAAGUUAGGGUUUAGGGUAAGUUUUCCUCUUCCUCCUCUCUUGUUUCUUCUUCAUCUGGUCUUAUUUGCUAGAUUUUUUGAUUCUAUUUCUUCUGUUCGCAAAUUAUUCAUCAAGAUGUGAAAUCAUCCAACAUUCUCCUGAACGAGAAGCUUAAGGCCAAAGUUGCUGAUUUUGGAUUUGCGAAAGUUUGUCCAUCUGAGGGUUAUUUAAAUUAAUGUAAAGGGACUGUUGGAUAUCUUGAUCCAGAGUACAUGAAAACCUAUCAACUUACCCCGAGAAGUGAUGUUUGCUCUUUUGGGAUUUUGGUUAUCAAAGUUCUGACUGGAUGUUGUCUCGAGGAAUCUCGAAACACUGAUUGAAGAGAAAGUAACCAUUAGAUGGGUGACUUUUUAUCUGCUAGAAGGUUUUUAUGCUCUUUUUUGGUUUUAAUAGUGUAGUUGUGUGUUCUGCUGGUUCCCUGCUAUGCUGUUUGUUCUGCUGCCCCGUUGGAAGUCUGUUCUGCAAGUAUUGGGUUCGCUUGAUGUGAUGCUGCAAGCUGAUUUUUUUGAUCCCUUCUGUGCAAUGGGACAAGAAAACAGACAAAAUGCAGUUCAAGUAGUAAAGAAAUUACUUUCAGAUGAGGGUUGGAUAGGUCUUUAUAGAGGACUAGGUCCUCGAUUCUUCAGCAUGUCUGCUUGGGGAACGUGCAUGAUACUAGCUUAUGAAUAUAUCAGUUUGUAUUCAUAUCUCACACUUCAAAUACUAGGGAGAUGUUUCCAAAGUGGCGUUCAAUGCUGCCAACACAAUUUUUUGUCAGUAGGACGACAUUCCACCGAAAUAUUUGGCAGCCGUUAAUACCGCCUUGGAAAAAUCUUCGCCCUAUUCCUUUUCCUAGAUAAGAUACUCUAACGAACCAGCCGUGUACUUCAACCUGAUCAAUUUGUUGUUUUUCUAUGUGAUCUGACAUUGCCUUUUGCUUUAAAAAACUCUGAUUCUAGUUCGUCAUCAUGCAAGUGUCAUGUCUUUUAAUGGCUUAGUUUUGCAAGUAAAUUGUUUAUAGAUAUUACAUGACAACGAUGGUUAAAAUUAAUUAUGAUGCUAAAAUUAGUUAGACAAUAUAUACGUCUUAAGAUGGAAAGUAAUGUUACUUCUAGGGAUGGCAAUGGGUAUUGGACCCGACCCGGAUCCGUUUUCACGGAUCUGGGUCCAAAAAAAUUGGACCCGUCGGAUCCGGAUCGGGUCCGGAUCCGUUUAAAUUUCACGGGUCCGGAUCCGGAUCUGAGAAAAAUACCCAGACCCGGACCCGCGGAUCUGGAGGACCCGUUUUUUUUUUUUUUUAAAAUUUUAAAUAUAUAUUAAGAUUUAAAACUCUAUCCCCUCCCUCACAGUCUCACACUCACUUCCCUCAGGCCUCACGCAGUCAUUCACGCAAUCACGCCCCAUAACCCAUUCCUUCGAAUCUUCGAUUAGCAGUCAGCCAGUCGCAGACUCGCAGUCACUCACAAAGUCGAGCACUCUCAGUCACCGGAGGCGGCCACCGCUUACUCUCAGUCACAAAGUUGAGGGUUCUGAUUGGUGCUAUACAAGGAAGGAAAUGAUGUAGUGUUAGGGAUGUUAUUAUUAUUACUUAUAUUUUGUAGAUUAUCAGAGAUUUUAUUUUCAAAAUCCCAAUUCAUCAAAUGGGGUUGAGUUUUAGAAGCUUCUGGAACCAAAAAUGGGAUUGUUUGGGUGUUUAUAAGAGAUUUUUGGAGGGUUUGAUUGAACCCUUCAGAUUGAGUUAAUUUAGUCUUGUUGGGUGUUUAAUCAAUGAUUGAACCAAAUGAUAAGUAUUAGUAUUGAACCAUAAAGGGAAAAGUUGAUCUCUUUGGUUUGGGUUUGGAUGGUGAUGAUCUAGGGUUUCUUGUUUAGUAGAAGAUGAAGAAAGAGGCCUAAAAAUGGAGGAAAAAAAAAAUCAUAACUGGACCCGUUUUGGACCCGGAUCCGGUAUUGGAUCCGCAGUAUCCGCGGAUCCGGAUAUGGGUCUUGCAAAACUGGACCCGCGGAUCCGGGUCCGGAUCUGGAUCCUGUUCUAGAAAACGGAUCUGGAUCCGGGUCCACCUGGACCCGGUCCAGAUCCGACCCGUUGCCAUCCCUAGUUACUUCUUCUUGAUGAA